GGUAUAUUUGCUUGCACGUGCAUUUGAAUGUCUCCAAACAAAAGUUGUUUUUAGCGCAUAAAUAAUUCAUUUUAACAUAAAUGCAGUGAUCCGUAAGUAUAUGCAAGCAACAACAGAAUGGCAGCCAUAACAGAGAAGUCGAAAGACACAAACACAUUUCGGUUCAAGUCGUUCGGAGAUCGCGUGAAUGAAAUCGACUUGCGCCACCUGGCCCUGUACCACAUUGGGCACAGGAACGAGGAGCUCGACGAGGAGGAGGACGAGACCUACUUCCAGCAGACACUCCAGAAAUGGAAUGUCCUCAACCUCACGGAGGAGUACAACUAUUUCAGCAAGCGCUGCGGGAAGAUCGUCACCCUGCCGCAGCUGCUGCACCAGAAGGAUUUUGUCAUCGAUCUGCUGCUGGAGCGACUCUCGACAGCCACGAACCUGUCGCAGCAGCCGCUGCUGGAACUUCUAUAUGUCCUGGCACGUGACCUGCGCGAGGAAUUCUAUCCCUACUUCCAGCGUGUGCUGGACCGUCUCAUCUGCCUGCUCAACACCCAGGAUGCCGAGCAGCUGGAGUGGACACUGAUAUGCCUCGCCCAUCUGUUCAAGACUCUGAAGCCCUACCUGAAGCGAAACAUUGGCAUUGUCUUCAACGCCAUUCUGCCCCUCCUGGACGAGCAGCACUACGCCGAGCAUGUGAUCAACUUUGCUGUUGAAUGCUUCGCGUACAUUGCCCGUGAUGUGCGCGACUUCCCCCGCUUUCUGACCUACGUGCUGAAGACAGUGCUGCGGGAGCAGGUCGAGAGUGUCCACGGCUGUGGCAGGCUGAUCUACGAGAUACUUCGAGGCGUCAACGGGCAACUGCACAACUCGGCUGCGGAUAUCUUUGCCCAUGUGCUGGAGGUGCUCGUCGGCCGGGAUGACAGCCACAACACGGCGGCCCAGGCAGAGCUCUUGGGCGACAUUGUGGAGUAUUCGUUGGGACUGCUGUUGAGCUUCCUACGCCCCGAUCAGAGUGGCGUGCUCUGGCAACAGCUCUGCUCUGCAGCGAACCGCGAGGCCGUCGACGCUGCACGACUGAUUGACUUGAUGCUGCCCCUGGUCACGCACAAGGAUGGACGCUAUGUGGCUGAGCUGCCUCUGCUCGUUCCCACGCUGCUAAAGUUGCUGGAGCGGAGCGCGGAUCCCCUGCAGCCGCUAACGACGCUGGUUACCAGCCUGCUCAAGGCGCAGCACGCUCAACUGGCGCAGCUGGAUGCCAGUCGGCUGCUGCAGAAGCUGUUGGCCACAAGCAGAAUAUCCGCGGAUGUGUAUGAGGAUUCCAUUCUGCAGCUGCUGGACUAUCAGCAGUUUGAGAUCUUGGUUCUGCCGCACGUCAUCAGCUACUACGAGGAGGAGCUACUGCCCCGAGCCUUGGAGCUGCUGGCUAGGGUUGUGCAGCACAAGAGGCCGCUGCAGGUAGAUGGAACUUCACUCUCCCACUGGACAGUCUAUCCCCUCCAGCUGAAGCAGAAAGAUACCAUCAAAAGCGUCGAGCAGCAGCUCCUCACCCUGGAUGUGGCCACAGAGGAGCAUCUGCUGCUCCUGCUGCUGUCCCCCCAUCUGCGGGGCUUCAGCAAGCAGCCGCUGGAGCAGACACUCCAAUCGAACAUUGAACAACGCCUGCGCAGCCCCAACUCGGACUACACUCUGCUGUUGCUGCUGCUGCAGACCCAUGCGCUGCUCAAGUUCAAGCUUCCCGCUGCACUUGCCUCCAAGCUGCAUGUGUUCCUCACGCCCGAACUGGCUAGAGACAUCCGAGCCGUGGCCUGUCUGCAGCUGCUGCUGCUGGAAACCCCAACGAAAGAGCUCUCCGCCUCUGAAGAACUACUGACUGCCGUCUCCACGCUGCUCAGCCAGCCGCAGGCGGAGUACCGACGCAUAGCAGCCCACUGCCUGGAUCUGCUGAAUGCCGGCAGCAAGUGCAAUCCCUACUCGCACUUUUACGCCGCUUCCUGCGUGGAACCCACGGUGCACAACUACCGAGAGCUGCUCCUCGAGCUGCAGCAACUGGAGCCAACAUCCGCCCAGUUCAAGCAGUACUCCCAGCUGCCCCACUUCAAGGAGCAUGCGGUGAGCCUGCUCCUAGGUCUGCUAUACAAGAAGUUUAAGUUCUUGUGGGCCCCGGUCCAGCAGCUUCUUGCCGCCUACGCAAAGGUAAUGGGAACAGACGAGUUCUGGAAUCUCUUCAGAGCGAAACUCCUCGAAUCAGUCGCCUGCAUAGACUACGAGGUGAACUCCACCAGCCUGCUGCAACAGCCCCAACGGGAGGGGUAUGUGUCCGCUGCACUGACCCUGCUCCUGCCCGAGGCUGGGGCGCAGCAGCUGACCCUGCAGCAGGCGCUCAGCUAUCGCCAACUGCUAUGGCAGUGCCUGCCCAAGCUGGGAGCUCUGGCCGAGGUGAAGAAUGCCGAUGUGGUGCGACUCUUCCUGCAGUUCGUCGAGCAGGAAUACCGCGCACAACUGGAGAGGACAGAGCACACCUGGAACGUCAACGAGGCAACAGCGGAAGACGUGGAAGCCGAUGAGGAUGAGGAGAAUGAAGCGCCGAGUGGAGUGCGUUCCCGCCAGAAGCGGCGCACGCACAAUGUCCAUGCCAAGUUCAUACUCCAAACGCUGCAGCUGAAGCUGGCCUGCUUCGUGUCGCAGCCAAACCCCAAGGCUCUGCAUCGACAGGCCGAGAUGCACGCCUUCUAUCUGGAGCUGUUGGCUGGGCCCAACGCACAACUGCAGCAGCUGGCGCUUGACUGUCUGGCCGCCUACAAGCAGCCAGCUGCGCUGGUGCAGCAAAAGGCACAGCUGACGGGACUGAUCGAUGAGGCAAAGUUCAAGACGACGCUGAGUGGCUUCGAGUUGGCCAGCAUUCCAGCGGAGCAGCGAUCCCAGCUGAUGCCUUACAUGCUGCGCGUGCUCUACGGCAAGAUGCUGACGAAGGGUGUUCAAAAGCAGCUGAGUGCCCAGCAGCGCAAGACCCUCAUCCUGCGCUUCCUGGGACAGCUGGAGGAGUCGGAGAUCAUUGAGUUCCUGCAAAUGGCCUUCGGACGCUUCAGCGAAUACACAGAUAAACCGGUAGAGGAGCUGCACCGCCACGUCCAGAGCUCGUACGAUUCCUCUGCAGUGAUUGCUGCCAAGCAGCUGCAGCGGAUUGUCAAUCUCCUGGAGCUCAUACGCAAGGAAUUUGCUGGCAGACUCACUGCAGAUUUUCAGGUCUACGUACUCAAGUUGCUGCUGCUCGUGGGCAGCGUCUCGCAGGAGGUGAUCAAUGGCCAGGGAAAGCUGGCGGCUGCCUACAAGAAUGUGAAGCACUCGGCACUGCAGACGCUCGGCAAUUACUUUGGCCAACUGGUGGAUAUGGAAGAGCUGUGGCAGCAACACGAGAUGAACGCCAUAUUCGAGGUUUACGUGUGGCCAGGGCUCGCCCGACUGCCACACGACUCCAUACACACGCCCACGCCGCUGCUGAAGCUGUUGCUCCUGUGGGGAGCUGAGCCUCGCUACCAGAAAUGGCUCAACCAGAGUACCUCCCCGGAUGAACCCACCGUAAUGGCUCAGCUGAUGGCAUUGCUGCUCAACGACAAGGCCAAGCCCGUGGUGAAGCGUUCGCUGCUGCAGCUGGUGGAGCAGCUGCUGGAGGCGGCAGCCAGCGAGGAGUAUGGCGUGGAAGCACUGGCUAUUAUCCAGCCACACAUCCCGGCCAUUCUGCAGCAGUUGCAGACCAGCUGGCGGCACCGCAAGGCCGGCAGACAGAUGCUGGACAAGCGGGAGCUCAACAUUCUGACGCUGAUUACGUCACACGUGCAGGAGCCAGCCACCUGUGAGCUGCUGCUGGAACUGGUGCUGCCCAUAUUCACCAAGCAGUCGGCCUCCGCCGGACCCGAGACUGUCGUGCAGCUGAUCACCACGCUCUCCAAUCUCAGUCAGCGUGUGCCCAGGCCCCAGGAUUAUGUGCGCCAACUGGCGCCGCUCUUCGAGCAGGUGCACGUUCUGCCCGCGAGGAAGUUGCUCUGCGAUCUGCUGGCGGACAUGGCCAAGCGGCUGCACAAGGAAGCCAAACAGAAGCCCGAACUCUCCGACACUGCCGCGUCGCUGCGGGAGUGGGCGAGGAUUGUGCUGCUGCUGAAUGCGUGGGACAAGCGCUGGCUGGAACAGCCCGACUACGACAAGCGACUGGAGGGACUGUCGGAGCUGAAGCAGCUGGUGGAGCACAAAGACCAAAAGAUUGACCUGCAGCUGGGCGUGCUGGUGGUCUACAAUUGCUUCUACAUGCUGCGCCACGUCUCGGAUCUGGGCAUAAGGGUCAACAUUGGGGAGCUGCUCAAGGCGCUGCUCCCGCAGCUGACUCUCCAGCUGGAGGCCAAGGAGGAUGUACAGUUCUGGCUGGAGGACACAUUGCUGCCACUGCUGCAGCGUUCGCUGAAGGACGAGCGGAACGAGCACGCCAGAAGCGAAGCCAUUGGCUUGCUGGGUGAACUCUCGCGCCAUUGCUCUGCCUCACACGAGAUCUUUCGCGAUCUCUCCCCGUUGGCGGAUAAGCACGACCUGGAGGUGGACUUCUUUGAGAAUAUGCUACACUUGCAGACCCAGCGCCAUGGUCGUGCUCUGCAGCGACUCGUCAACAUCUCUGGCGGCAGCUGGCGGCAAGCGCCGCCCUGUGCCCGCACCCUCACGCAGUUCCUGCUGCCGCUGGCCACACGAUAUCUGCUCAGCGAGCGGCACACGGGCAAGCACACGCUGGUGGAUGCCGCCAUCGAGGCUGUGGGCGUGAUGAGCGAGCUGCUGCCCUGGACGCAGUACCAUGCUGUGCUGCGCUACUACCUGCAGAAGCUGCGUUACUCCCAUGCGCAGCAGAAGCAGUGCGUCCGUUUGGUGGUUCGUAUUCUGGAUGCCUUCCACUUUGAUCUGACGCAGGCAGAGGCUGAUGUCGCCACGCUCUCGCGCCUCAAGCAGAAGCUGACGGAAGCCCAGGAAGAGAAGAAGCCCGCAGUUAAGGCGGAAAAGGCAGAAGGGGAAGGAGAAGAGCAGCCGCCAAAGGAGGAAGACGACAUCGACUUUGAGGGAGAGGCUGAGGCGGCUGAAACAGUGGAGCCAGUGGUGCUGCAUCAACGUAACCAACUCUUGGCACCCAAUGCAGCCAAACGCGUCAUGUCCACCAUCACCACGGUGCUCCUGCCCACCCUCAAUCGUUCCAUCACGGAGAAGACCAACUACGAUGCCAAGCACAAGGUGAAUCGCCGUCGGCUGAGCCACGAGCGCGAGGAGGAGGAGAUUCAGCGUGUGCCCAUUGCGCUGGCCAUGGUGAAGCUGCUGCAGAAGCUGCCCAUCGAACUGCUGGAGAAUAGCCUACCAGGAAUCUUCAUGAAGGUCUGCACCUUCCUGCGAUCCCCCCUGAAGUCGGUGCGAAUGCUGACGCGCGAUAUUCUGAAGAAGAUUAUGAUCACGCUGGGCGGCAGCUAUGUGGGCAUGCUCCUGGAGCAGCUGCAGUCGCUGCUCACGCGUGGCUUCCAGGUGCACGUGCUGUCCGUCACCCUGCACGGAGUUCUGGACGCCCUCCGAGGCGAACUGAAGCCAGAGCACAUUGAGAGCUGCCUGCACAAUCUGCUGGAGGUUGCCCUGAACGACAUCUUCGGGGAUGUGAGCGCCGAGAAGGAGGUGGAGAAGAUUGUGUCGCACACGCCCGAGGCCAAGCCGAGUGCCAAGAGCUAUCUGACACUCCACAUAGCCGCCAAGCACAUUCGGGACAACUGUUUGCUGGAUCUGCUGCUGCCCUUCAAGGAGCAUCUGCUCCGCUCGCACUCCCGCAAGGUCACGCAGAAGAUACAGGAAUGUUUUGCCAAGAUUGUGGCCGGCCUGGUGGACAACGUGCACAUUGGGAGGGAGAGUCUGUUGAUCUUCAUCUACGGUACGAUGUCGGAGAGCAUCAGCGACCUGCUGCCGGGCACACAGAAGCGGCAGUUAACGGCCAAGGAGCAGGCGCUGAUCAAACGCGCUCGUCCCGACAGCCUUAUACUGCAGCCAGCACCGGGCCGGCGCAGUGUGUCGAUUGGCAACAAGCUGGUCAAGUCGAAUGCCCAGGCCAAUGCCCACAUCCUAGUGGAGUUCGGACUUGAGCUGCUGCACUUUGUGCUGAAGCGCAAGAAGCUCUCGGAGCUGGACUACCAGCCCUUUCUGCACCCCAUGCUGCCGCUGCUGAGGGAUGCGCUGAGCAGCAACCACGCGCGGACCACCACCUACGCCCUGAAGUGCUACACGGCCAUUUGGAUUGGGGAGUACGAGUUGUCGGAGCUCGAUGCCGAGCAGCUGCAGCCAGUGGUGUCGCGCAUGUUUGAGAUCGUGAAGAACUUCUCCAGCUUUGGGGCCACGCGUCAGGAGGAGAACGCCCAGCUGGUGCGCGGCAGCUUCAAGGCGGUGGUGGCGUUGCUCCGCAAGUGCCAGGAUUAUCAGCUCAACGACGAGCAGAUCGAGCAGCUGCUGCUGCAAAUCGAACAGGAGCUGCAGGAGGGCGAGUGCAGCAGCCAGACCAUGUGCUUCACGCUGCUCAGAGCGCUGGUGGGCCGCAAGGUGGACACUCGCUCGCUGCACGAUCUGAUGAAGCGUCUCUGCGAUCUGUCCAUCAUUUCGCAAUCGGACUACGUGAGGGACGAGUCGCGCGGCAUUCUGCUCACCUACAUCAUGGAGUAUCCGCUGCAGAAGCGCGUGGAUCAGUUGGUCAAGUUCAUGUCCGUCCAGCUGUUGUACACGCAGAUAGCUGGCCGACUGUCGGCCAUCCAGUUCAUGCACUCGAUCAUCAACAAGUUCCCCUUGCUGCUGCUUGCCAAGCAAUCGGAGUUCCUGUUCCUCUCGCUGGGCACGCGACUCGUCAACGAUGAGGAUCCCUCCUGUCGUCGCAGUGUGGCCGCUGCCUUGGAGGCGUUGAUUUCGCGCCUCACCAAGCUGGAUCGCCAGCCUCUGCUGGAACUCACUUUGCUGUUCUUCACCUCGGAGCAGUCCAGCCAGAAGCCGGGUGUACGCGAAAUGGCUGCCGCACUUCUCUCCCGGUUUGUGCAGGCGGAAAAGGCGGGCUUUGCAGAGCGACUGCCCCUGGUGCUGCCCACAUUGGUGAAUAUCCUAACCCUGGGCGAUGCGGAAGCCAGCGGGCGGUAUGUGCGUGCUCCGGGUAAUUUGGCCACCGAAGUGGACGAAGAAAAUUUGCAAAAGAAGCGGAGGAGAAAGCACUCUCAAACUACUCCCGAUGAGGAGCUGCUGCUGGCCGGCCAGGACACUGAGUCGCGAUUGGAGCAGCAGCAACGCAGCGCAGACCAUCAGCUCAUCCAGCUGCAGUAUUGCCUGCUGAAGAUCAUGGAGCACUGCGGCGAGGCCAUGCUGGCGGACAAAGACAUUUCCGACACUGUCGAUCAACUGGCCUACGGCUGCCAGCGCCACUUGGGGCACGAACACAAUUGGGUGCGCUGCAAUGCGGCCAAGCUGCUGACUCAUCUCUUGGCCCACUACGACUACACCUAUGUGGGCCAGCAGCUGGCGGGCGUCAAGCGAGAGGAUGGCGAGGAGAAGUCGCUGGAAUUUAUUUACGCUCAACCUGCGCAGGAUAUCAAGUCGCUGGUACUGGAUCUGUGUGCCCAGGUUACGCCCGGCGAGACGGCACAGGAAAUGAUUGACGAACUGUCCAAGAUUCUGCUGUUCGUGGGACACAUGCUGCGGGAUGUCCCAUUCAGUCUCAAGCAGGAGAAGGACUUGGAAGCGCAGGAGGACGAGGAGGAGCUAGAGCGAAAGCCGAGCAACAAAAUCAACCUCAACUGGCUGGUGCGAAAUAUACGCUUUCUGGUGAACAAAGAAGUGACGAAGGCACCACACGACACCAGCACGCGCACCGCCAUGUUCACGCUCAUUGAGGCACUCAGCACGUUGCUCAGUGUGGAGGUGGUUACCCGGCUGGCUCCACCUCUGCUCCAGUCAUUGGUGCGUGAGAUGUCAGAGGAGGAUCAGAAUGUCGAUGCGGAACUGCGUCAGCUAGCACUACGCGUGGGCAGUCGGCUGCGAAAGCGAAUUGGAGCGGAUAUCUACGAUAAGCUUCGGAAUGUGUGCCAGACCAAGUUGAUGGUGCGACGGGCAGAGCGGCGCAAGGCCGUCGCCCAGGAGAAGGUCCAUGAUCCAGAGCGUGCGGCCAAGCGCAAGGCUGGAGUGCAGGAGCGCAAGAAGGCUGCGAAGCGUCUGAAGACAGCGGUGAUUCGUGGCAAGGCGCCAGACACCAAGCAGAAGCUGAAAAAGCGCAAGAGGAAAGCGGAAAUGGACGGAUUUUAAUUAGUUAAUCGGCUGUUUGCCUUAAUAUAAGUAUUUCUAAGUAGAGUGGAAAUAAAUCACAGUAGAAUUCACAAAUUUAGCGCAUCC